AUGGCGGCGCCGGGUCCGGGCCGCAGCGGGCUGUCGCCCAAGGAGGAGGGCGAGCUGGAGGACGGCGAGAUCAGCGACGACGACAACAGCAGCGGCGGGGGCGCGCCGCCGCCGCCGCCCCGCAGGGACCCCGACGCCCGCAAGGCCCCCAAGAGUUUCGGGAGAUCUCCCUCAAGGAAGCAGAAUUAUUCGAGCCGAAAUGAGAACGGCGGCGAAGAGACUUUUGAGGAUUUGCUUCUGAAGUACAAGCAGAUUCAACUGGAGCUCGAGUGUAUUAAUAAAGAUGAAAAAUUGGCACUGAGUCACAAAGAAGAAAACGCGUUCGACCACGCUAAAAUCUCUGAGGACCAAGCAGCCGACGCAAAUGACAGUAUUACGAAGGACCCAGUCAAAGAAGUAUCUCCCGAGGAGCGGGCGCCAGUUAAAACUUUUCAGGCAUUUGAACUGAAACCUCUCCGGCAGAAACUGACUUUGCCGGGAGACAGAAACCGAUUGAAAAAGGUUAAAGAUGGAGCCAAGCAGCCGUCGCUUAGAUCGGAGCCUUCGGAAUCCAGUCAAGGUUUCGAAGAUAGAGAGCCAAGUUUAACCCGGAAGAUUAGCGCUUCAGAUAUUCUAUCUGAAAAGAAACUGGGUGAAGAUGAAGAAGAGCUGUCCGAAUUGCAGCUUCGGCUCCUGGCCCUUCAGUCUGCCAGCAAAAAAUGGCAGCAGAAAGAACAACAGGUGAUGAAGGAAAGCAAAGAGAAGUUGACAAAGACAAAGACUUUGCAACAAAAAGUCAAAACCAGUACGAAAACACACUCAACCAAAAAAGUUAGCACUACAGCUAAGCAGGCUUUGAGAAAACAACAAACAAAGGCGUGGAAGAAAAUGCAGAUGCAGAAAGAACAAGAGAGACAAAAGGAAGAGGAUCAGAGGAAGCAAGCCGAAGAAGAAGAAAGGCGAAAAAGAGAAGAGGAAAUCAGGAAAAUUCGAGAUCUCUCGAAUCAGGAGGAGCAGUACAAUCGGUUCAUGAAGUUAGUUGGGGGAAAGAGGAGAUCGAGAAGCAAGUCUUCAGAUACGGACCUGCGACGCUCUUUAGAUAAACAGCCACCAGAGAACGCAGGCGGCAUCUAUCAGUAUGACAACUAUGAGGAGGUCGCGAUGGAUACAGAUAGCGAAACAAACUCUCCGGCCGCUUCUCCAAUGCAGCCGGCUUUCUUCUCCGAUUGCUCGUUGGGGUAUUUUCCUCCGGUACCACCUAUUUCCUUACCUCCACCACCUCAGGUUUCCGCCAUCCCGCCGUUGAACCAGCCUUAUAUCGAAGGGGUUUGCGUUUCCCUCGAGCCUCUGCCUCCUCUCCCGCCUCUUCCGCCGCUUCCCCCCGAAGAUCCCGAACAGCCACCGAAGCCCCCUUUUGCGGAUGAAGAGGAGGAAGAAGAAAUGCUCCUUCGAGAGGAACUCCUCAAAUCUCUGGCUAAUAAAAGGGCAUUUAAAUCGGAGGAGACGUCCAGUAACAGUGGGCCACCUUCCCCUCCGCUUCCGAACAAUUCUCAACCCGUGCCAAGAAGUAAUCUUUCUAUCGUCAGUAUUAAUACCGUAUCCCAGCCCCGGGUACAGAACCCCAAGUUUCACAGAGGACCCAGACUUCCACGGACUGUCAUCUCGGUGGCCAGGGCAUCUCGGAAGAUCUGCGACGAAGUUACCAAAUCCCUGGAGCUGCAGCCCUGUGUUCCCGGACCGAGAAGUGACAGCCUCGGCGGCGCUAUGAUGCUUCCUAAACAUAAAUCCGUAGUGGUGACCCUCAACGGUUCCGAUGACAGCGAGUCCGACGGCGAACCUUCCAACUCAACGAAUAGCGUAUUUGGAGGAUUGGAAUCUAUGAUAAAGGAAGCGAGACGAACCGCGGAGCAGGCUUCGAAGCCCAAAGCGCCUCCAAAAUCCGAAAAAGAAAAUGAUCCCAUGAGAACCCCUGAGGCGUUACCAGAGGACAAGAAGAUGGAAUAUAGACUGUUAAAGGAAGAGAUCGCCAGUCGUGAAAAGCAACGUUUAAUAAAAUCCGAUCAGCUGAAGACAGGUUCAUCCCCUGCAAACUCUGAUGUUGAAAUUGAUGGGGUUUGUAGAAUAGCAAUGGUUACUAAACAGGUUACGGAAGCUGAAGCAAAGCUUAAGAAACACAAGCUACUCUUGUUGAAAGAUGAGUCUGUGUUGAAGAAUCUCUUGCAGCAAGAGGCCAAGAAAAAGGAAUCUGUCCGAAAUGCCGAAACGAAGGUUACAAAACUCACGGAACAGCUUCAAGCAACCGAGAAGAUACUUAACGCCAAUAGGAUGUUUUUAAAAAAGCUUCAGGAACAAAUCCAUAGAGUUCAACAGCGAGUUACUGUAAAGAAAGCACUGGCAUUAAAAUAUGGAGAAGAACUUGCUCGAGCGAAAGCGGUGGCCAGUAAAGAAAUAGGGAAGCGGAAACUGGAACAGGACCACCUCGGACCAAACAAAAUGUUAAAACUGGAUAUUUCUCCUGCGUCGAGUCCCAAAAAACAUUCGGCCGAACUGAUCGCUUUGGAAAAGAAGCGACUGCAGCAACUGGAAUACGAGUACGCCCUGAAGAUUCAGAAACUGAAAGAGGCCCGUGCGCUUAAAACCAAGGAACCGCCAAAUAUUGCCCCUCUAGUGGAAGAGGAGCCCGAAUUCACGUUACCUCAGCCCUCCCUCCACGAUCUGACCCAAGACAAAUUGACUCUCGACAGUGGAGAGAAUGACGUCGAUGAUGAGAUUCUGUCUACGUCAAACAGGGAGCGAAGGAGAUCCUUCCGGGAAUCCAAUUCGUUCACUAAACCCAACCUCAAGCACACGGACACCCCCAACAAAGACGGUGUAAAUAAGAAAAGUAAAAACACUACGGAAAAACCCGAACUUUUUCUGGGGUUAAAUAUCGAUGAGCUGAGAAGAUUAUAUUCCAAGGCCGAGAGCUUGCAGGAACUGAUUUUGCAAAGCACCGCCCUCACAGCUGACAGAGUUUUACGUGGUCAGGAAAUUUCGGUGGAUGUGGAUAUCGUUACAGCACAAAGUAAACCAACAGAAGGGAAGCCGUUUCCAUUUGGACCGUAUCAUAGUCCUCUUCUUCUUUUCAAAUCUUACAGGUUCAGUCCGUAUUUUCGAACCAAGGAGAAACUUUACCUCAGCUCUGUAUCAUAUAGCAACAUGAUUGAACCGAAACAGUGUUUCUGCCGGUUUGAUUUGACGGGCACGUGUAAUGACGACGACUGUCAGUGGCAGCACAUGCAGGACUGCAUUCUUAGCAGAAAACAACUAUUCCAGGACAUUCUUUCUUAUAAUUUAGCAUUGAUUGGCUGUUCAGAGAAAAGUACAGAGGAGGAAAUCACCGCUGCAACAGAAAAGUACGUCGAAAAGCUUUUCGGUGUAAACAAAGAUCGUAUGUCAAUGGAUCAGAUGGCCGUUCUCCUCGUUAGCAAUAUCAACGAAAGUAAAGGUCACACACCUCCGUUCACAACUUACAAAGAGAAGAGGAAAUGGAGACCAAAGUUCUGGAGAAAACCUGUUUCGGAUAGCAGCAGUGGGGACGAGGAACAGUCUGUGGGACCUAUCAGAUACGCUUCCCCACCAGAACAGCGGAGCAGUAUCCCCGUUUUGGAUGCAGUCGUCACUCCGGAUGAUGUCAGAUAUUUUACAAAUGAAACAGAUGACAUUUCAAAUUUAGAAGCAAGUGUGCUUGAAAACCCUUGCGAUGUACAGCUUUGGCUCAAACUUGCAUAUAAGUAUCUGAAUCAAAAUGAUGGGUCGUCCUCGGAGUGCUUGGAUUCUGCUUUGAACGUCCUGGCCCGAGCCCUGGAAAACAAUAAAGAAAAUCCAGAAAUCUGGUGCCAUUACCUCAGGUUGUUUUCCAAAAGGGGAACCAAGGAGGAGGUGCAAGAAAUGUGCGAGACGGCCGUCGAGUACGCCCCGACCUACCAGAUUUGGUGGACCUUCCUCAACCUAGAAACGACCUUCGAUGGGAAGGAUUAUGUAUGUGGAAGAAUGCUGCAGUUCCUGAUGGAAGCGACAGAGAAAGACAAGUCAGACCUCCUCUCCUUUCACCUUUUGGAGACCCUUUUCUUCAGAGUUCAACUGAGUUUGUUCACUGGAAAGCACCAAAAUGCCCUCGCUAUUCUACAGAAUGCUCUGAAGUCAGCGAAUGAGAGAAUUGUAGCCGACCACCUUACGACGAGCGACCGCUGUUUGGCUUGGCUAGCCUAUAUACAUCUCAUUGAAUUCAACGUUCUCCCUCUGAAAUUUUACGACCCAACUAAUGCCAAUCCUUCAAGGAUUGUUAACAAAGAGCCAUUUUUAAUACCCUGGAAAACGGUUCAAGAUGUGAAAACCAACCCUGACAUGCUGUUGGCUGUUUUCGAAGACGCAGUCCGAGCCUGCACCGAUGAAAGCCUGUCGGCUGCCGAGAGGAUCGAGGUCUGUCUGCCGCUCUACACGAAUAUGAUCGCUCUCCAGCAGCUUCUCGACAGGGGUGAAGCCGCUACGGAGCUCUGCCGAUCACUCCUGGAGUCGUGUCCCGUGAAUUGCCAGCUGUUGGAAUCCCUCGUUGCUUCGUAUCUGCACGUGGACCAGGCUGACAAAGCUUGGGCAGUGUGGCUUUCGACAUUUGAGAACCACCCUCAGAAUGCACAGGUUUUUUAUCACGCGUGCAGAUUCCUGAUUUUGCAGGACCGAUCGGACAGUAUUCCUCCAUUGUUGCGAGAGUUUAUCGCACCGUUCUUUGAACCCGGCUUCGAGGAGCAUAACCCCUUAGAUCUUUUCCGGUGUCUCUUGAACGUUCCGGGGCAGUUUGACUUUCCGUCACCUUUAAGUAAAGGAAAUUUCGACGACGAGAUGUUGAAUCAACAAAUCCCGUAUUUGUGGCAAAUUUACUGCCUCUGUCAGUCCGUUCACCCGAGCGUCGAAGAGGCCGUAGAUGCGUUCGAGGCGGCCCUAGGGGCAGUCAUGAGGUCGAAAACGGUACAGGACAUUUGGAUGGAUUAUCUGGUCUUUGCCAAUAGUAAAGCUGUUGGAUCUAAAAAUAAAGUCCAAGAAUUCAAACUUUUCACUGAUUUAGUGAACAGAUGCCUGGUUACGGUCCCCACCCGAUACCCGAUUCCUUUCAGUACUGCCGAUUAUUGGACCAACUAUGAAUUUCAUAAUAGGGUGAUUUUCUAUUAUUUGAGCUGUGUUCCGAAGUCCCAGCAUUCCAAAAUCUUGGAACGGUUUUGCUCUACGAUGCCUACCAAUUCUGGACUUGCACUAAGGCUACUCCAGCAAGAAUGGGAAGAGAACAAUGUUCAGAUUCUGAAACUGCAAGCCAAGAUGUUUACGUAUAAUAUCCCAACAUGCCUGGCCAUCUGGAAAAUAGCCAUUGCUGCCGAGUGCUUUCUAAAGGGACAGAGAGAGGUCCACCGUUUGUAUCAGAGAGCCUUUCAGAAGUUACCUCUGUGUGCAACCCUGUGGAAAGAUCAACUCUUGUUCGAAGCAUCAGGAGGAGGUAAAACCGAUAACCUGAGAAAACUAGUUUCCAAGUGCCAAGAGAUUGGAGUCAGCCUAAAUGAGCUCUUAAAUUUAAACCUUUACAAAACAGAGAGCAAGAAUCACUGAACGCCGCGUGCAGUCGGGCCUAUAGAGCCUAUUAGUAAAUUGCCAAAAAUCAUUCGAAUGAUUCUUCAAGAUUAGGCUGAUCCCAUGCCGAGGCCUGGGUAAGACAGAGGCCCGCUCCGGCGGUCCCACCGAAUCCCUGCAAUCUGUUGUCCGUGAAACCGGGCGUCACGAGCCUAAUCCUCUCCGGUUGGAUAAAUGAACUCCCUCUUUGGCUUGCUUCUGGGUCCUGCCAGAUUCUCAUAACAUCAUGUACGUAAGUAUAGCUCAUCCGACUGACUGACAUUGAUGUUUAUUUUAUUUUAUUCCUUUUAUCUCCCUCUUCCUCCCCUCCCCUCCCCCCAUCCCUCCUCCCCCGAUGUCGUGCCGUUGUUCCUCAUUCACCCGCCCCACUCUCUGGUGCUCAAGAGAUUUGUGUUUGGGUUAGUUUCCUGGGGCUGUGUUUACAGUACAGAGCAAGCAGUCCCCUUUGCUUUUCCCUUUUUUGAACCUUUUGAGAUUCUGCAUUACAGGAUUUAAACCAAAAGCAGCCAGUCUUAAGGAAAGUGUAACGGCCUUGGCCUCAGGUCCGCUAGUCACACUUGAAGGCCCUAAAAGAGGGUGGUUUACUGCCCUCUCCGCAUUGUGGACUCAUUGCCGAGACUGUUCGACUUGAAGAGUAAAGAAACUAUCGCAAAUGCCAGUGCAUCAGAACCUAAGAGUGGUCGAUUAUUAUGUGCAAUUUUUUUUGUAAAGAAAUUUUAAUUUAUAAUAAAGUUUAACAGUUUAAAGAACGGUUAACAUUUGAA